AUGUGCUGUGUAACCGUUUGUGAAACAGAAGCUCCUGUGUAUAAGCUGCUGAGUGUCCGGAGAACCCGCCACAGCCUGGUGCAACUGAUCACGGGAGUGAGGACUCCAGGAACAGAGGGCGAUGAUACAGGGGGUGAUGACACAGGCACAGGGGUCAGAGAGUCAGGGACUGAGGGUGAUGACCCAGGCACAGGGGUGAGAGAGUCAGGAACAGAGGGUGAUGGCACAGGCACAGGUGUGAGAGAGUCAGGAACAGAGGGUGAUGAUGACCCAGGCACAGGGGUGAGAGAGCAAAGAACAGAGGGUGAUGACACAGGGGUGAGAGAGUCAGACACAGAGGGUGAGGACCCAGGCACAGGUGUGAGAGAGUCAGGAACAGAGGGUGAUGUCCCAGGCACAGGCACAGAUGGUGAUGACCCAGGCACAGAGAGUGAUGACCCAGGCACAGGGGUGAGAGAGCCAGUAACAGAGGGUUAUGACACAGGGGUGAGAGAGUCAGGAACAGAGGGUGAGGAUCCAGGCACAGGAGUGAGAGAGUCAGGUACAGAGGAUGAUGACCCAGGCACAGGGUUGAGAGAGCCAGGAACAGAGGGUGAUGGCACAGGUGUGAGAGAGUCAGGAACAGAUGGUGAUGGCACAGGUGUGAGAGUGAUGACCCAGGCACAGGGGUGA